AUGCUCCUCCGAAUUGCCGCCAUUUGCCUCUUGACCUCAACGAUUUCAGUCGUUUGUCGACAUUUCCACAAACAUCAUCACCAGAAACACUCGAAGAGACACGUGACCUUUGAUGAACCUUCUGAAGAGACUUUGGAGAGAAUCGAGAAAACUUUGCCGACACAAAUCGAGUGCUGGAAGUCUGAGCCGUCAGAGGAAGCUGAAGGCAACCUCUGCGUGUUGACCGAUGAUCAAAACAGUGACGAGUUUUUCGCCGCUUGUAUGUCGAUCGUGAACGUGACUAGCGGCUGUUGGAUACACCAAUCGAUCAGUCUCCAAAACUGCAAACCCGAUUGCGUGGUGAGGAAAGGUUUUCCAGCGCCUUUUUGCUGCUGUACAACCGACAAUUGCAAUCAUCCAAGCCGAAUAGUUUACGAGGAU